AUGACCAUCAUCCACUCUGUCUCUGCGCCUACUCCUAGCAUGAAGCCUCCGGUUAGCGCCAACAGCACUGCUCCCUACCCAUCUUCCAUGAUGACCAAGACUUGGGGCACCGGUACCGGCACUGGCAGCGUUCCUACUCCCACUGGCAGCGUUCCUACUUCCACUGGCAGCAACCCUGCCCCUCAGCCUACCUUCAACGCUGCUCCAGCAAUGGUCGCCAGCUACGGCUCCGCUCUCCUCGCUGGCUCUGUCGCCCUUCUUUUUGGCGCUGCUCUAUAA